AUGAAGUUCUCCUCGGGCGUCCUAACACUGGCCGUUGCCGCCUCGGUCCAGUCGGUCCAGGCCUCCUACCACGCCCAUGGCCACGCCCAUCACCACCGCGUCCUCGACAAGCGCGCAGACCCCGAUGUAGUCACCAUUCCUGGCCCCAAGGUCUAUGCCUUCGUUUUCCAGGGCCAGGAGAUGACCAGAGAGGAGGUUUGCGCCGGUAUCAGGGACGGCAGACUGGACUGGGACAAAGGUCAGAACCAUGACGAACUGUGCGGCUUCCCUGUUGGCAUGCAAAAAGGAUCUCCUCCGGCCUGUCCGGCACCCUCUAAUGUCCCCAACCAGCCUCCGGUGCCCUCGUCCCCUCCAGCUGCUCCACAGCCUCCUUCCAAGGGCCCAGAAACGCCAGAGGAACCCAAGAAGCCAGAUGAGCCCAAAAAGCCAGAGGGACCGAAGACUCCCAGCCCUAAGAAGCCUGAUGGUCCUCAGCACCCCCAGACUCCCACUGGUGGUGAGGGUGUUAACCGUCCAUUCCCCAACGGCAAGAUUGACUGCAGUGACUUCCCAUCCAAGUACGGCGCCAUCGCCGUUGACUACCUAGGCCUCGGCGGCUACAUUGGCAUCCAGCAUGCCAAUCUUGUCGGUGACGUCUUCGGGGCCAUCCGCACUGCCGUCGCCGGCGAGUCCUGCACUGACGGAGCUAUGUGUUCUUACGCUUGUCCCCCCGGCUACCAAAAGUCCCAAUGGCCUAAACAGCAAGGGUCAACUGGAGAAUCUGUUGGUGGUAUUGCAUGCCGUAACGGUAAACUCUACCUCACCAACCCCGAAUUGUCUGACAAACUUUGCAUUCCUGGCGUUGGUGGCGUCCACGUCAAGAGCACUAUCGGCAUGGAAAUCUCAAUCUGCAGAACCGAUUACCCGGGCUCUGAGGGUGAAACUGUUCCUGUUCCUCUCCCGCCAAACGGCCAUUUGCCCUUGACUUGCCCGAAAGCCGAAACCUACUACUACUGGAAAGGAAAGUCCACUUCUGCGCAAUACUAUGUCAACCCACCCGGUUACGGUAUCUCAAAGGCUUGCCAGUGGGGUCAUGCCGGCUUACCCAUUGGCAACUGGGCUCCUCUCAACAUUGGUGUUGGUGAAAAGGGAGGCACCAAGUGGCUGUCCCUUUUCCCCAAUCGUCCGACCACCACCGCCAUCCUGCGCAUGACCGUCGAGAUUGUCGGAGAGGGCCUCUCAGGCAAAUGCAAGCACAAGGACGGCAAGUUCUACACUGAUACCGGUGUUAACGAGGAUGGAUGUACCGUCUCCGUCAUACAUGGUGAAGCAACUUUUGUCUUCUCAUAUGACUAG